CAUUAUCGAGCAGCACGCCUGCCCGGCUUCGCCCGUGAGAUUGUGCCCUGUGCCCUUCCUUGGGGAGAGGAUAGUGAGGCUGUCUGGCGAGCUCCAGUCCUGCACGCCAUCACCUCGAGGCCUCCGCAGCCAACCCCCAGAGCUCUCUGAAGGAGGCCUCUGAAGGCCAGAGAACUGCAUGGCGGACGCCGCGGCCCCGCCCGCCGCCGCUGCGAAGCUCCAAAAGAAAAAUGACGGCGUCGCCACGGCGGCCCACGCCUUCCUCUUCGCGCUACUGGCAUUAGCGUCCCUCGGCCUCGGCCGCCUCUACGUGCUGCUCGGCGCCGUCGCGUGCACGUGCGUCACCUUCGUCGUGGCGCGGCGCGCGCCAGCUACAGAACAAACAACAAAGCCCUCGAGCGGUUCGGUGGAUGACGACGACGACAAAAGACCUAGGUGGGAGCGGCGCUACAUGAAGACCGAGGCCAAAAAAGCGAGGAGAAGGGAGGCGAGGAGCGCCCAAACUAAAAACACGCGGCGGGAGCUGUCCGAGGCCGAGGCGCGGGAAAAGGCGAAACGGGCCGACGACCUCCAGCGGAAACGCGACCAGCAGGCGCGGGAGCGCGAGGAGGCUCUCCGACGAAAACAGCAACAGAAACUGCAAAAAGAAGAAGAAUUGCGAAGGCAGAAGGAGGAGAAGCGCCAAAAAGACAAACAAAGGGAGCAGGAGCGGAGGCGGGCCAAAGAAAAAAAGUUAAAAGAAAAAAAAGAGGCCCAGCUCCAAGCGAAGAAGUUGGCCGAGGCGCAAAAAACUAUUGAAUUAUCAGAGAAGUCCAACGCGUUUGACGCUUGCGUGGCCGCGUAUGUCGCUUGUGCUGUCUUGGCGGACGAGGCCGACGCCGCCCAUAAAACAUGUGAGGAGGCUUUAACGUCGGCUUCGGGUAAGAAGCGCUCGAACAAGGCCAAGGCCACGGCGAAGAAGGCGCGGGAGAAGGCCGAGCACGCUUCGGAACUGGCGCGGCAAAAAAGGGCGGAUAGGGACGCCGCGCGCGACCGUGCGGAAUCUGCAAGGCGCACGUUGGCCGACUACUGCUCCCACCAAAACCUCGCGCCGCCGCCGCAAAUACCCUGCGCGUCUCCACAACUCCAGAAGCGGCCCUCGCUACAAAUCGGCGACGACGUCAUGAAGUUGAUAGCAAGAGUCCGCAAGCACGGCGGCUGCGUGCCCGACGACUCCGACGACGACGAUGUGGUGAGCACGGGCGCGCGCGUCGCGCCGUCGGACGUGAUAUCGUCGGAUGACGACAUGUCCGACGACGACGACGCGGCCGUCGAGGAGUAGAUUUGUAAAAAGGCCUUGAAUAUU